AUGACCGUCUGCUCUCCUGUCUGCCGUCGAGCAGUUCAGCGCAAAAUAACCUGCCCCGGCGAACCAAUUUGGAUUUCCGAUGAUGUCCUGUACCGGAGUUAUCAGAGGUUUCUCAAUGUAUCCAAGACAGCGAAGCGAUACGGCAGCUUUGUGCCAGGUCCCUUGGAAUCAAGACGGCGGCUGGGAAAACGAGAGAUGGCACACGCUUCGGCCUCGGCCUAUACACCUAUGUCGGUUGGUGGUAUAGGAGCACUAUGGAGGUGGUUCAGGCAGUCGGACAAUAUGCAAUACGAAUGGCAGGCACCGACAAUACGUCCUCCAGCAGAAGAGCCCCCCGACUUGGUGCAGGACUGGUUAUCGGGAUUGGCCAUUCCACCAACGCCAGCCAAAGGUAUCUCGGAGCCUGCAGCAGUCGAGGUGGAACAAAGUGCUGUGGAUAGUCCAGAAGUAGCAGAGUCAUCAGAAAGAGCUCAGAGUCAACCCACCGACCGUAUGGCUGAUACUCUAGAAUUCAGACUGCGCUUUUUCCGCAAGUCUAUGUGGGCGGUCGCUAGUAGGAAAAAUGCAAUCAAGCUAUGCGAGAAUUUUGCUCGCGAUCUAACGGAAAGUCUGGCCGUGGAGGGGACUCACACUGAGGUUGUCCAUUGGACACUAUCUUUGGCUGUGAUGAACGAUAUAUCUCGAGCAAUAUCUGACUCGAAAACGUCUGGAUUAUGCUUGGUAGCACUCUACGAGAAAAUCUGGGAGGGCAUGUCUGCUUGCGAAUCACUCGAUACGAACGGAUUGGGUAAGAAAAUAACACAUAGACUUCUGAACCGUCUUACAGUUCUCAUGGAUCUACCACAAGCACGAUCAUUGUCAUCUACAAUACUUCAAUCGCUCUCCCCAUCUCAGCAGCUCGGUUUGAGAGGCCCCAUUACAAAUGUGGUCUUUGCGUGGAUGAAGACCUGGGUCAAACCAGAAGCCCCUUUUUCCACGGAUGAGUUUGCCGAAGAGUUGGUAUACACAAAAGUCAGGUCGAAAAUUGAGCGUGUCCAUCAUGACAUUUUGCAUUUGAUCUCAAAAACUUCUCUAGGAAACCUUGGUACUGAUCGUGUCAACUUGAAAAGUCUUGCGGCUGUGCUUAAAUCCGCAAAACUUGAGAUUAUUGAAGCAAUUCGUGCCAUCGAUCGCUUGGAGGACAAAUUCCGUCCACCUAGGAAAGCUGCGGAAGAUCUUGCACAGGCUCUCUCAAAUAUCACCAACGAUACUCGCCGUACUCAUAAGAGACAGUCAAUGGUGACGCCUUCCGGUGUCCUAAGAAGCGUGAUUUUAUCUUGUUCUAAGCAGAUUUCCACCAACCAUGAAAUCUUGCCUCAAAGGGUAAGGAUAUCUGCUUUGUUUAUGGAUGUGGUCACAUUGCUACCAAAAGUCCACGAUGACCUCUUCCAUGAAGUUUGUCGCGAUAUGGUUGCUUGCCGUUAUAGCGCGCUUCCCGUCAAGAAAGCGAAAACACUAAGCAAGUCAUCGACCCUGUGGUUGCUCCAGCGAUGGACGACGAGGAAAGAAAUCGCGGAUCCUGUUCUCGUCAGUAAUGGAUAUGCAAUUAUGGCAAAUGCUAAGGGUGGAGGGUCUCACGUAACCCUUCUCUUUGCUAUUCACUAUUAUGGAGGGGAUAUUACGCACGCUUAUAAUCUACUUUUGACAUUUUUCAUGAGUACGGGUACUGGCGGCCCAAAGAUGAUGCACAGCAUAGUUUCCCGCCUACAGGAUCAGAAAAUCCGUCUACAGCCACAGCCCUUCUCUCGGUCGUUAGAUCUCAUUAGUCAAGGUGAGCCUAAACUCGCCCGUGGCUGCCUUGCUGUUUACAAAGAGUGGCUUUCUAUUACACCCCAACCACAACAUCUACAUCGUCCCACCGGAUUGCGCCUAGAGUACUGCCCGAACUUUGUUCUAACACUGAUCGAGAAUACAACCAUUCCUCCUCAUCUUAUUUGGGAGCUCUUGGAUAUCCCGUUGUAUGCAAGUUUGGACGCUUCUGUGUAUGUUCAGCAUCCAAGAAAGCGAGAACUGUCAACGGAAAUCAUCAGCCUAAUGGAGCAAAUGGCUCUCAAGUUCUCCGCAGCCGAUACGCGGCCUGAAAGAUUGGCAUUGAGAAAUGUAGAGCAAUGUCUGCUCCACUUGGUUGCACAUAACGUACACCCAAUACCCGAAGGAAUCGCCCAAGCCAUCUCUCAUGCUGGUCUGACCAGGAAACUCCUCGAAAAUGAUGGGAUCAUUGGGUUGGCGAGGUUGCGGUGGUGUCUCGAUAAGAUUGGGAGGAUUGAAGGAGUCGAGGUUGCAAAGUCGGUGGAUGAACAGGUUUACUGGUAUAGACAGUUUCGUUUGGAGAGGAGGCGGGAGAAGCGGAGGAUCGCGAGGGCGUUGCCGAUACGGAUCUUGGAUCGUUGGUAG